AUGUUACUUUUUUCAAGAUCAUCUUUUCUCUCCGAAGUUUUUACAACGUCAACCAGGUUUUACAGUAAAGAAAUAAAAACCUUAAAAAACGUUGAUAUUACUUCUCUAAAGAGAGGUACCGGAGGGAGAUCUAGUUUUAAUGGAAAUGUCGUUACAAUAUUUGGAGCUACAGGUUUUUUGGGGCGUUACAUUUGUAAUCAGUUGGGAAAAAGAGGAGCUCAAAUAAUAAUCCCUUACAGAUGUGAUCCAGAUGAUCAAAGUUUAAAAAACCUCAAACUUAUGGGAGAUUUGGGUCAAAUUUUGUUUCAGCCGUUCGAUUUAAAAGAUCCCGUUUCAAUUCGUAAAGCAGUUAAAUAUUCGAAUGUUGUAAUUAAUUUAAUCGGGAGAAUAUAUGAAACUAAAAAUUUCUCUUAUCACCAAGUACAUGUUAUGGGUGCAGCAGAAAUAGCUAAAGCUUGUAGAGAACACAAUGUUGAACGACUUAUUCAUUUUUCUACUCUUAAUGUAAAUAAAGAUCCUAAUCAAUAUGUUUUUAAAAAAAUAAAUUUUAAUCCAAGUAAACUUCAAGGAGAGAUAGCAGUAAUGGAAGAAUUUCCAGAUGCCACCAUUUUUAGACCAUCUUGCGUUUAUGGAAAAGAAGAUGAUUUUUUGAGGCCUCUUUUUACAUUGAGGAGACAAACCUUUCAACGCAUACCCUUGUAUGCAAAAGGUAAAAAAACAAUCAAAUGCCCCGUUUUUGCUCCCGAUAUUUCACGAGCUGUUGUGCUUGCAAUUGAUAAUUAUGAUAUGAGAGGAAAAAUUAUACAAGCAGUGGGACCUGAAAGGUAUUAUCUGCACGACUUGGUUACAUACUGUGGUCAAAUACUUCAGUUGAAUGGUAACGGACCGGUAGUGUCAGAGUUGAGAUAUAAUUUGCCCUUUUUUUCUAAGUUAAAAUUUAAUGAAAUAAUGCAAUCACUUUACCCAGAUCCUCCUGCAGGGCUUUGUAUGGAAAGAUUUGAAUUGGAAUCCGAAACAGAUGAAGUGGAUAAAAAGUUACCAACUAUAGCUGAUUUAGGAGUUUCACUUUCUAAUUUUGAAGAUAAAGCCCCAUCUCUUCUAUUAGAUAAUUAUGCUGGGAGAAAGAAAAUUGAUCAAUUGGUAAAUAAUAUGGCUUCUGUUGACAGUUUAGGACCGAAAGCUUUAGCAAAGUUUGAUUGGUAA